AUGCCUGGGAAAAAUCGAGAAUUUAAAAUUGGGGAUGAGGAUUUUCCUUCAUUAGGAAUUGCUUACCCCAAAACUUAUUCAGCAAAAGAAGUCGAAAAAAGUAAUAUAGCACAUGGUGAACAGAAACAGGUUUUAAAGGAUAAAUCUGUAAUGAAAAAUAAUGACAAAACAUCAUGUGAUAAAAUAAGUUCAAAAGAGUUAAAUGCAAAUUUUGGAAAUAAGUUAUCUAAUGAUAAAGGAAAUACAGUAGCAAAUGUUGAUACAAAAUUAAUUUCUAAUUCUACAACUCCUAAACCUGUCACGUUUAUUACUGAUAGAUUAAAAAAAUUAACAACUAAUGAUGUUGAAGAGGUUGAUUCUGAAAUACAGAAUUCAAAAUAUCCAUGUGCUGUAAUGUAUCGUAAAUUAGUGGCCAAAGAAUUAUCACAAGCAGGUAUUGACGCAAGUAAUAUUUUAGAAGAUCGUAUUGAGGAUGAAAUUAUUGGUAACCCUGGUGGUUAUUUUGAAAUCCCAGAUUUUUGUUUAGAAGGUGACUUAUGUCCCUAUGGUUUGAAGGCAUUUAUAAAUUUUUAUGAACAUAUGCAAAAAAAUAAAGAAAAAUAUAUUACAUAUUGUUACAAAGAUGAUGUUUAUACCCUUUUGGAUGAUAAUUAUUUUACUAAAGAAAAACAUAGUAAUGAUGAAAUUGAUUCAACAUCAGGAAGUAAUUUUUAUUCACCAACAAAUCAUCAUGUAACAGUUCCAAAAGAAUAUAUGAUCUCUAAAAAUGUAUCAUUAUCUAAAUUUCCAUCAUUUUCACUAACCUAUGAUAUAUUGGGACUUGAUACACUUUUUUAUCUUUUUUUUAAUUGUGUAGGAGAGACAUUACAAAUAGGUGCUGCAAAUGAACUUCUUAAAAGGGAAUGGUUAUAUCAUAGUUCACUAAAAACAUGGAUAAAACCAGUUGUUGGAGAUUCAAAUGUACCUGAUCAGAAUACUGACACAUAUAGAAUAUUUAAUGUUCUUAAAUGGUUAGAAGAAGUUGUUACAAUGUCAAUUGAUUUAACUACAGAAAUUGAUUCAGUUAACCACAUUCCACCAUUACCGGAUAUUGUAAUAAAAUAUUUACAUUCUCGAUUUCCAUAUCCAGCAGAUGAAAAAAAAAAUGAAGGAGGUAAAUUAAGAUAUGAACAAGAAUUAAGUAGACAAGAAGCACAAUGGGAAAAAGUAUUUAAAUCAUCAUGGUUACGUUACCUUUCUCCAAUUGAUGCAGAAUCAAUUACAGUACGAUAUUUGUUCCAAUUUUCAAAUCCUGAUCAUAUUGAUAAAAUUAUCAAUGAUAAUAAAUCAAAAGUUGAUCUUCCUACAGAGAAUAAAAUUGAAACAAAAGAAAAAAAUAGUUUACACAGUACUAUGAAUAGAUAUCGUGAAUCAAUGAAUGAAAAACCAAUGAGUAAGAAAAUUUUACAUGAAGCUGUUAUGAAAGCUUGUACUAAUAAUCAAAUGAAUCAAUUUCAAAAUAUUACUUUUGAUCAUACAAAAAUAAAUAAUAAUAUUUUAAAUCAAAAAAUUGAAAAUAACAUUGCUAACCAAAAUGUAGUAAAUAUACCAUUUCCUUCAAGAAAUAAUUUACUUGAAAGUAGAUAUAGUGAUUUGUUUAAAAUUCCAAAACAUCUUCUUUAUCCAGGUGAUGGAAAAUUAAACGAAUUACGUGAAAAUAUAAAUCAGGCAUACAAAGUUAACAUUAGUUUAGAAGAUUUUUACAAAUUAUUUGUAAAAUCAAAUGAUAUAGUAGCUGAUAUUAAAAAAAUAAAAAAAGCUAAAGAAACUUUAAAAGAAAACACACAAUUAUUUGAAUUUAAUAAUUAUCAAGAAAAAGUUUUAAAUAAUUAUCGUGAUCAAUUUGAAGAUGGCCAAUUACCAAAAAAUUCUUCUAGUGCAAUAUAUCCUUAUACUGAAAUGAUUUUACAAAUGGAAGCUAGACGACAACAACAAUUAAAAAAUGAUACCAACAUUAAUAAUCUUCAAAAACAAAAAAUUGAUGGAAUUUUUCCUAGAAAUUCCACAAAUACAAAUUUUUCUCAUUUAAAAGUUGGUUCUAAUACUGUUUUAGGAUCAAAAUUAGAACAUAUGAAAUUAAUUAAUGAAAUGGUUAAUAAUUAUAAUGGUCAAGGAAUUUUACCAAUUCCUACCAAUGGAGGAACAUUUCCACCAAAUUUAACAAAUUUACCAAAUCAAACAAAUCAACAAUCUAUUUUAAAUAGAGUUGGAACAAAUGAUAUAUCUAAUCCUCAUACAAAUAAUUUUUCUAAUAUAAUUACACAAUGUUCUCCUCAGAAUUCACAACAAAACUGUAAUUCAAUGUUUCAGAAUUCAAACAUUCCAAUUUUACCACAACAAGGAUUUCCUCCUUUUGGGCAAACAAAUAUCCCAAAUUAUGGAAUUCCAAUUCCGCCAAUGCCAAUGAAUACAAAUUCAAUGAUGUUUGUAAGAAACAAUUUUACUAUGUUACCAAAUAUUAAUUAUGGAUCAAUGAAUGUUAUGGGAGGAGGAAUGAAUUAUUUUCCAUCAGGUUUUGAAAAUAGAGAUGGUAAUACUGAAAGUAAUAAUAAUUCCUUUAACAAUAACAAUGUUCCAUAUUAUCAACCAGAAAAUUAA